UUCAAUGCAAAAGGCAGGAGACUUUCAUGGUGUCUCUUGCUGUGAUGAGAUGUAAUGGACUCAAUCACAAGUUAUCAAUCACACCAUGCCCGAUUUCUCUCUUCUACACAACGAUACAUUUUCCCUUCUUUUCCAGAAUACUCCUUUACCAUACUGAUUAUGAUGAUUCUUUUUCUUCUUCAUCACCACCACCGGCGCUAUUACUAUCACCAACUCAAUCUAUUGUCAAAUCAAUUUGUUCACUGGUCUGUCAGUCUUAUUCUCAACAGUCCCAUGUGAGAUUAUCACCUCCAAGGGUCAACCUUAGUGUUGAAGCCGAUUCUUUAACCCACGAACAGGCUAUCACAGUCGUUGCUUCACUUGCAAGUGAAGCUGGUUCAAUAGUUGCCUUGAGUUUCUUCUACUGGGCAAUUGGGUUCACUAGGUUUCGAUAUUUCAUGAGAUUAUAUAUAGUUUGUGCCGAUUCUUUACUUCAUAAUGGGAAUUUGGACAGAGCUCAUGAGGUGAUGCAGUGCAUGGUGAGGAGUUUUGCUGAGAUUGGGAGGUUGAAUGAGGCUGUUAGCAUGGUUUUUGAGAUGCAAAACCAGGGUUUAUCACCGAGUACUGGGACCUUAAAUUGUGUUCUAAGGGUUGCUAGUGAAAUGGGACUGAUGGAAUAUGCGCACAAAGUGUUCGAAGAAAUGUGUGAAAGAGGAGUGUUUCCUGAUCGUACUACCUAUAAGUUGAUGGUGAUGGGUUGCUGUAGAGCAGGGAGGAUUUUGGAGGCUGAUAGGUGGUUGAGUGAAAUGAUAGGAAGUGGUUUUAUUGCUGAUAAUGCUAUGUGCACUCUGGUUAUUAGUGCUUUUUGUGAGAAAGGCUUUGUAAAUAGAGCAUUGUGGUAUUUUAAGAAGAUGACUGAGAUGGGUUUGGUGCCUAACUUGAUAAAUUUCACGUCUUUGAUAAGUGGUUUAUGCAAAAGGGGAAGUAUUAAACAAGCCUUUGAAAUGUUGGAGGAAAUGGUUAGGAAAGGUUGGAAGCCUAAUGUGUAUACACAUACUUGUUUGAUUGAUGGCCUCUGCAAAAAAGGAUGGACUGAAAAAGCAUUUAGGCUGUUCCUUAAGCUAGUUCGUAGUGAUAGUUACAAGCCAAACGUGCACACUUAUACUUCCAUGAUCAGUGGGUACUGUAAGGAGGAUAAACUGAAUCGGGCAGAGAUGCUGUUGUGUAAGAUGAAAGAGCAGGGAUUAGCUCCUAACACCAAUACAUAUACUACUCUCAUUGAUGGCCACUGUAAAGCUGGGAAUUUUGAAAGAGCUUAUGAGUUGAUGGAUUUGAUGCCUAAUGAAGGUCUCACUCCAAAUAUUUGCACAUACAAUGCAAUCAUUGAUGGCCUCUGUAAAAAGGGGAAAGUACAUGAGGCUUAUAGAGUGCUUAAAAGGGGCUUUUGUUAUGGGCUGCAAGCCGAUCGAGUUACAUACACCAUUCUAAUAUCUGCUUACUGCAACCGAGUUAAUACUAGGCAAGGCCUGGCAUUUUUCUGUGAAAUGAUGAAACUUGGCCUAAAACCUGAUAUGCAUUCUUACACUGUAUUGAUUACUGCCUUCUGUAGGCAAAAGAGAAUGAAAGAAAGUGAGAGACUUUUUGAAGAAGCUGUCAUGCUUGACAUGGUUCCGACUAAGGAAACUUAUACAUCAAUGAUAUGUGGAUACUGUAGAGAUGGAAAUAUUGGUUUGGCCAUAAAGUUAUUCCAUAGAAUGAGCGAACAUGGGUGUGCACCUGAUAAUAUCACAUACGGAGCUCUGAUAAGUGGACUAUGCAAAGAAUCCAAGUUGGAAGAAGCUUGUCAGCUAUAUGAAACAAUGCUAGACAGGGGACUGUCUCCUUGUGAAGUUACUCGGCUGACUUUGGCAUAUGAGUAUUGCAAGAAAGACGAUUCCGCUACUGCCAUGGUUAUCCUGGAAAGGCUAGACAGGAAACUUUGGAUUCGCACAGUCAAUACCUUGGUAAGGAAACUUUGUAGUGAGAAGAAAGUAGGCAAGGCAGUAUUAUUUUUGAACAAAUUGUUGGAUAAGGAACGUAAAUUGGAUCGUGUGACCUUGGCAGCAUUUAUGACUGCAUGCUAUGAUAGCAAUAAGUAUGCUCUUGUCGCUGACUUGUCUGAAAAGAUUUCCAAAGGAAUUGGUUAGCAGAUCCCAAAUGUGUCUAGAGAAAAUGAUUGUACACUUUUUUGAUUGACAAAAUAGCUACAAUAAGGAAUUCAAGAAUAGUUGAAUGGCCUUUCUAUUGAACCACGAGAAGUAGUUGAUGGUUUUGAUGCUUCUUCCUUAUCCAAGAGAAGGGUUUUGGUGCCUAUUUCCUUCUUCAGAAAUCUCCUUAACAAUAUUAUAUCUCAAUGCAUAUUGAUUUGUUGGGCAAGCAUCUUUUUGUAAUUGUCAUAAGAGGUGCUAUUAUGGUGGUGCUCUAUUAUAUUUGUAAA